AUCAAUUUAUGAAAUAUUAACAGUCCUUCAGGGCUCAGUUCCUUAUAACCCUUUCGAAUGACACCAAAAAUCACUGUCAAGGACCAAGCCCUCGCCUUCUGAUCCACCCAAACAAAUGCCAUUUUUUUUUUUUUUUUUUGAAACACACCUGCAGUUUCGGGCAUUUGAAUGCGGAAGACAACGUAUACCACACGCGCCGACCAUCUGUCUCGAAUGUCAUCAAUGAACCAGUAUCAGCGUCACCGGUAACAUCGAAUCCAUUAAAAUCCAACCAGUCGGUCAUCUGCGUAUGGCACACAGCAUCCAUAUCACAAAGUAGCGUACCGACGAAUCCGGUUUUUCAUUAUGCUAAAACUGUACCAACUCGCACACCGAGACCGUAGUGCAAACAUUUUUUGGCAACUUUCUCAUAUGCCAAGCUCAUCUGCUAUUUUAAAGUCACUAUAACCCGCUCGAAUCGUCAUGGAUUGAUCGUACAAUGAUCGUCUAUCGGUAAGCUAGUUCAUCUCAUUGAAUAUUUAUAAGCCUUUUCAGCAUCAUUUUUGUCGGAUCUUCAAUUGGGCACUAAAAUAUGGAAAAUUCCCAUUGUUCAUUAUUUUAAAAACUAAAAAUAAAGCAAGAUUCCAAUUGCUUUUAAUUAAACUUCACCUAUUCAUAGCAAACACAAUAAGUACACGGCUCUAGAGAAAACAUUCACCAAGUGAAUUAUUUUUAAACAAGCGUAUUUUAGAACCCUAUUCCAAAAUCCAGUUCCGCAGGUAUUAACGCUUCUUUAAGGAGUGCGUGUCCAGCAAAAGUUCUCCGAAGUCAGAAUCUGAAAUUUCUUCGAUCACGACUCUUCUUUUUCACAUCAAAAUUAUAAGCGACCUGAUGUUUGAUAUAAAAGCUAUCGAGUUCUAGUCAGCUAUCAGUAGUGUUCAAGACUUGCUCGGUUGAAACGUAUUGUGUUCAAAUAGUUCCACAACCAGUAUUUAAUCAUGUUCAAGGCUGUGUGUCUCCUGGUUUUGGUUGCGAGUGUUUCCGCAACACCAACUCUGUUGGUCAAAAAACUUGCCCUCAAGAAACUGCUGCUAGGAAAGCUCCAUGGAGGUGUAGGUUUGGCCGCUCCCGUUGCCUAUGGUGCUGAACCCGUUCCAUAUGGUCCCGUUGCACCAGUUGCUCCCAUUGGUUAUGCCCAGCCCGUUGCCUAUGCCCAGCCCAUUGCCUAUGCCCAGCCUGCUCCUGUCUACGCACCUGCUCCAGCCCCACAAGUAGUUGAGGCUCGCUCGGCCCCAGCUCCAGCUGUCCAUCACGUCGUGUAUCUGGCCCAGCCUCAGCCCCAAGCCGAGGUUGUCCAUGAAUCCCCGGUCGUGACCUACCAAGCCGCUCCUCAGCCAGCUGCCACCUAUGGACCCCCUGCUGUUACCUACGAAGCUGCUCCCCAGUCUGCUGUCACCUACGAAGCUGCUCCCCAGGCCGCUGUAAGCUAUGAAGCUCCAGUUCAGCACGCAACCACCUACCACGCUGCCCCAGUGCCCGUUACCUACGCAGCUCCUGCCCCAGUGUACCAGCACCCAAAGGGAUUCGAACUGACCAAGCGUUUCUUAUUCUAAACGUUGAAACGUUUAGUUACCCUAGAGCGUUGAACCAAAUCCCAAAUUCCACCACAGAACAAUAGGACAAAUAUACCAAUUUUUUUAGAAUGUGCGCUUCCGCGAAAAAUGCAUUUAAUAAAGUGUAGUAUAAAAAUA